GCUGAGCGGCGCGGCGGAAGCGGGCGGGGGGCUGCUGGCGCCGGAGGGAGCGGGGAGGUGCGGAACGGCUGCUUCGCCUUCUCCCGCAGCCAGCCAUGGAUUUCCGCAAUAUUCUCGUGAUGGCCUCGGAGCAGCAGGGGCUGAACUCGGUGCCGAAAAGGUACAGUUUGGCUGUUGGCCCUCCCAAAAAGGUUCCAAAAGUCAAGGGUGUGGAGUCUGCAGCAGUGCAAGCGUUUCUCAGGCGGCAAGAAGAAGAAAAAAGGAAAAAAGCACUGGAAGAAAGAAGGAAGAAAGAAGAACUCUUGGCUAGACGAAUUGAACUGAAACAUGACAGAAAGGCAAGAGCUAUGGCCUCACGAACAAAGGAUAACUUUUAUGGCUAUAAUGGCAUUCCUGUUGAAGAGAAGUCUAAAAAGAGGAGGACUUGUGAGAAUGUUGCUCAGGCCUCAGAAGCUGAGCAUGUAACAGAAGAUGAAACUGAGCAACUUGAAUAUAGUCAGACUGAAUCUGAGCAUGAGCAAGAAGAAUAUGAAGACAAACCAUCCAAAACUGCAGCUAAACCAAAGGCUCCUCCCAAAAGGGCACCAGCACCUCUGAAUUUUGAAGAGCUCUUAAGGCUUGCUGAAAAAAAACAGCAUGAACCAGUGGAAAUAAAAGUAGUGAAAAAGGUAGAAGAGAGACCAAGAACUGCAGAAGAAUUGAGAGAGAGGGAGUACUUGGCACGCAAAAACAAGAAAGCAGAAGUGCAUAAAAAAGGCGAGAAGGAGAUAAAGGCUACAGGGAUAUCCAGUUCUUCAAAAAAGGUGACUUUUCAGAAAGAGCCUGUAAGUGUUAAACUUACCAAAAGCUCCCUAGAUAAACAUUCCACAGCAAAAGGCAGCCUGUCUUCUUCUCUCAGUGGCACCGAUAAGAAAUCCAAAGCACCAGCACUGACUGAAAAACACUCAAGGUCGUCAUCUUCCUCCAAAUUUGAUCAAAUGGGGAAAAACUCACAAAACGGCUCCUUAAAAAGCUCCACUGGUAGCAGUCAUAGUAAAUUUCCUGUCAAUGGUAUUGGGAAGUCUGGCUCAAGCCCUCAUGUGCCACCCUCAAAACCAGCAGCCAAUGGGGCUCAGAAGCUGCCAUCUGCAAAAGAAUCCAGCCUGAAAAAGUCUGCCCAUACAAAAUCAGGAACUGCUGCAGCCCUUCAGCAUGGAGUCAACUCCAAUGCAAAGCGAUCAGGCAGCAGCUUAGGAAAAGGAGGGCCUGGACAUCCAGCUGGCAGUUCGAGUGCAGGACCUGGGCGAUCAAGCAGCAGUUCUGGCAUGGGACCUGGAAGGCCAGGCAGCAGCUCAAACCUGGCACCUGGGCGCCCGGGCGGUGGCUCAGGUGUGGGACCUGGAAGGCCAGCUGGCACCUCAAGCACAGGACCUGGGCGACCAGGCAGCAGCUCAAGUAUGGGACUGGGGCGACCAGGCAGCAGCUUGGCCAGUGGACCAGGAAGGCCAGGCAGCAGCACAAACACAGGACCUGGGCGACCAGGCAGCAGCACGGGUACAGGACCAGGAAGGCCAGGACCUGGUCCAAGCACAGGACCUGGGCGACCAGGUAGCAGCUUGGGAACAGGACCUGGAAGGCCAGGAAUCAAUCCAAGCACAGGAGCCAAACGACCAGGCAGCAGCUUGGGAACAGGUCCAGGACGGCCGGGAGUUGGCCCAAGUGCAGGACCUGGGCGACCAGGCAGCGGCGUGGGUGCAGCUGUAAAACCGAAGUGUACUGUUGUGUCAGAAACUAUUUCUUCUAAAAACCUUGUCACGAGGCCUAGCAAUGGACAGAUAAAUGGAAUGAGAUCUUUCCAAGGGCAUAGACCUGUGCUUCAUCCACAAGGACUUGGAAGACCACCUAUUGGUUACAAGAGGCAAAUAGAAGAUGAUGAUGAUGAUGAAUAUGACUCUGAAAUGGAUGACUUCAUUGAAGAUGAAGGGGAACCCCAAGAAGAAAUAUCAAAGCAUAUUCGGGAAAUAUUUGGCUAUGACCGGAAAAGAUACAAAGAUGAAAGUGAUUAUGCCUUACGUUAUAUGGAGAGCAGCUGGAGAGAGCAACAGAAAGAAGAAGCUAGGAGCUUGAGACUCGGCGUUCAGGAGGACUUAGAAGAAUUGAGACGGGAAGAAGAAGAGUUAAAACGCAAGAGACAGUCUAAGAAGCUGAGGACGCGUUAACUGACGGUGUUGACUUUGUUCAUGUUUCUGCUACUCUCUGCCUCCAUCCACCUCUUACCCCAGUUUCCAUUUGCUUAUUAGAGGGCAAAAAAGUAUUUAAAGGGAUGAAAGUACUGAAAAGCAAGGGUUUAGUUUGACCUAAAUAAGAUAUUUAUUUUUAAUACUUGCCAGGGUUGGGUUUUUAUGAAGAAAUUAAUGCACUAAUGCAUAUUAAGUGGAAUAAAAUGAAUAAUGUUUCCAUUGAUUAAACCAGUUCAAGAUGCCAGCAACAUUAUUGAUUAGCUAUGCACUGACUCAGAACUGUGUGGGCCCCUAUACCAGUCAAUCAAUUUUGCAUUCACUUGAAAGAAAGGAAUAAUAUUCUUGUUCCCUGACGUUUCUUGAGACUUGGGGAAUUUGUUUUAUUACCCUCCUCUGUCUCCCAGCUUCAGCCUCAAAAGUAUUGAGAUGUCUUUUUCUGUAGAGAAACAGUUUGGGUGUAAAUUCAGCCAUUGCCACAGAUGUUCAAAGCAAUAAAGUGCUGCAUAUUUUCUGAUUUGAGGACCCAUAAAAAUAACCUGAACCUCUCAAUUUCUGAAUAGAAAAAUGCAUGCCAUGUGCAAAUUGUACAGUUACAGGUACAGCCAAAACCCUUGGCUUUUGCUGUGUCUGGAAUUCCAAUCCCAGUCCAAUUCAGUAUGAUAAAUACACACCCUGAAAACAGGAACUCAUAGUGUUUGUGUGUAGCCUGUGCUUUUGGACUCAAGCAUACGCUUGGGAAUCCUUCUCCUGCGCUGUCAGUCUUCACAUUCACUUAGCAGCUUCUGCAGCAUUUACAGAUUGUGUACAGUGCACUUGUUUGUUCUUGCAUUAAACAUCUGAUGAGUCCAAUGAUUUUAAAAUGUGAAGCAGUCAUUUAUCUAAUUAGGUUUGCUAUUUAGAGAGCACAUCAGAAUGAAGGUUUAUUAGAAUGUAUUUGCAGCUCUUCAGUAUCAACAACUUCCUGUGAAGUAGUUAAUACUUGUGAUGAAUUUCAUCAGACCAAAUCUAAACUGUUUUAUACAGCAGGAGUUAGUUGAGUUACUUAAUGCCCAUAUUUGCACAUUAUUUCUUACUAUGCACUUAAAGACUGUUUCUUUCUCUAACCAAAUUUGUUUACAAUCAGCACAGGGUUCACAGAAGUCUAUGGGAGUUGUACUAAGAGCCUGAAGCUCCAAUCUGAUGUUGCAUCUACUUAGAUUUCCUGAGGCUGCUGUUCAAAGCUCACCGGUAUCACUUCUCAGCUUUGCCUCAAGCUCCAGGGCUCCAUUGAUAGUACCUCUGCCUUCAGCUGCUGAGGCUGUUACGUUUUAGUGCUAGAAGUACUUGGAAAAGUAUAAAAAGGGCUUUGGGUGUCAAAAGAAUAAAAAGGUAAAAUUAUCCUGUAGAAAAAUUACAAAGGAGCCUUUCCUAGCAGGGGGCUACUCUUAACAGUGCUGCUUCUGGGAAGGAGUUCAGAUGGCAACCUGUAAGGAGCAAUCUUGGAAGCUGCUGAACUUUAAACAUCUGACUCAGAGAAAGCAGAUAUGACUUUUUAAGACUUUUUUCUGUCAACGGUGUAGCAUUUCACUGCCUCAGUAAAACACUGCUAGGGGAAGCUAUUGGGAUGGAUUCCAUGAACUAAUUCAGUAUUAGUUGCUAGGGAGCCCAGAUGAAGACAAUAUCCUUGCUCCUCUGUAUUUUUAACUUUCUAUAUUAACUAACAAAAACUGUUUCUCAGUGUAUGUGCUUGAAGCUAUGCUUGAAACCAUGCAAGAUAGUGCAACCUCUCUGCUUGUCUAGAAGUGUGUUGCAUUUGCUCUGCUUCAUUGGGACCAUCUAAAAUUUUCUGUUGUGGUUUCUAGAAUUACCCAUUCCAGAAAAUUAAUACUGGGACCACAAGCAUGUUACUGUUUGUUUUUUUUAAAUUCCUCUUAGCUGGAGAAAAGUUCUGGAUGUCCACCCAGACAGCUACGUCAGCUGUGAGCAACUUCCUGCCUGGCUGGUAAAAAAAAGUCUCUUAUGAAGCAAAAGAGAUAUUAAUUCAAAAUUGCUUCAGCUGGGAAAUGAAUCUGCAUUUCAGAUAAAUGUAGGUUUAAUAAAAUCUGAUUAUUUAACCCCUUUCUGAUUAUUUAAAUACACAAGAUAGUUGCAUUUCUUCAUCUGUAGGACACUUUGUCAUUUGUCUUUUAGGUGGUGACUGGAAUGUACUCUGCUGGCUUCCCUAAGGCACUGUAUAACUGUUUCUUCACACAGUGAUCCUUGCUUAGAUUUUUGUCUAUAUCACGUGAAAAAUUAUUCAAGGACACGUUUGUAAUUUUCCAGUCAGGUACUUUCUCAUAAUUGGGUUCCAAAUUUUGUAUGAAUGUUUUUGAGUUUUAAAGUGCUUGCAUUUGCUGCUUAUUUGUAAAUUGGCUAGGAAGGAACUAAAUUUGGAGGGGUUAAUUCCUGACUUUAUAUCCAAACCCAUUUACUGUUUGCCAGAUUAACAGUGUUAAUCUAAUCAGAGUACUUCAGUAAUUGUCCAAAGUGCAUCUGAAUUUGUGAAUAAGGAAAACUGGAAGAAAGCUUCCAUUGGGUUCUGAGGAUCUGAUGUUAAGCUGAUUAUUUAAUUGUGUUUAAUUCUGGGUUUGGGUUUUUGAUAUCUCUUUUUUUUGUUUAAUUCACUGUUUGACAAUGUGCCUUUUUCCACUAAAUUGUGUCAAAAAAAAAACCAACAAUGAAUGUAGAAGUAUAUAAAAAGGUUGGUUAGUUUCUGCUAUCUCAAAUUCUAUAUCCUUAAACUUGAUAGUGUGAAAUGACAUACUUUUCAUAAACCCCUUCCAGCUCUGGCUUGGGUUGCACAAUUACAGUAGCUACAUCUUUACUGCUAAUGCUAAAUCAGAUGAAGGGCACUUUCUUAGCAUUGAUGACUACUUUUUGAAGAUGUCUUGUAUCUACACUUGAGCUGUACUUCACUUUACAGUGACAUCUUUUGGAGGCCAGGGUUUUGCAUAUCACAGGAAGCCUUAGUGUGCAACUCUGUGCUGUGCUUUAAAAAUAAAAACCUUUCAAGAAAUAUAUGAGAUCUCUAUGGAAAUCUGGAUUUAUUUUUGUGUAAAGUCCAAAAUAUUAUCCAGGAAAAGGAAUUUUCUAUUUUUUUUGCAUUUUGUAACACAAUCUAGUAGCUGAUGCAUAUUUCUAGAUACAGCAUAUUUCUGGAGACCAAAACAUGUCAGAAAGAAAAUAAAUAUAUGGAGAGACUGGUGUUUAAAUUGUGAUGAAUGUACUUCUAUUUAUUUUGGUGAGUGGGUGUGAUGCACUGUUGAAGUGUUAAUGUGUAAAUAAGGGUGCUUCUAGUUUUAGGCAAUACUUAUUUCUUCUUUUCCUUUUGGGGGAUACCAUUUGUGCACAAUGUCUUUUUACACAAUGUGAUCAAUCAGGUCAAACUCGUACAUAGCUUAACUGUUUUCUGGUGCUGUCAAGAAAGUGUAUACUUUGCACACACCAAAUGCAUAUACAUUUUGCAGAGUAUGUAUCCAAUAAAUGGCAGGCAUUAAACAUUUUUCCUCCUA